AUUCAUUUGCUCAACAACAUUCUGCUCUUUGAAUGACAUCUUCAAACCUGAGAGUUCUUCAGGACCAUGUGUAAAAGCAUCGCCAAUGGCUACCAAUAAGCGCAGGGGGUCCCAAGUAUCUGCACCAGGAAUUUCACAUUGGAAUCUUGCAGAGCCAGUCUCCUCAACACUCGCAGCAAACAUUGUACCACAUCUCUCAUUACAGGGUGGUGGUGACACACAUAGUCUAACCAAGGAGGCAUUUUCACAACUUCGUCAUGAGCUUCUUGAAGGGAAAUAUAGUUGCUUACAGCUUAAUGAUAGCAUUGCUGAUGUUAGCAAACUUAUCUGCAUUGUGUUGAAAGCGGGGUUGGAACCCUGUAUCAAAGAGGAUGGAUGUGAACAGCAAGGUCUCCAGAGCCAACUGCUAGACUGCUUAGAUAUUCUCCUCCACACUGCCGUUGACAAAGCCCCGUUGGCACUCCUACAAGUCCCAGACCCAGAGAUCCUAGGGCAAGAUGCAAAUGUCCCUUUGUACCACUGGCUACUUGUCUUGCUGCUCCAGCUGUUGGCUGCCCGGGACACUGACCGCAUUAGAGAUAGAACAAGUGAUGUUCUCUCUGGUAUUGUCAGUCUCUCUAAUCAAAACACCAGGCUGUGGCCCUCAUUCCUUGGUAUUUCUGCAUUUGUACAAGCUUGCACGACUGACCUGAUUUAUUCGCUUGAAUCUUUCCUUUCAUGUGGAAACCCCAUUUAUUGCAUGAUCAGCUCGUCUGUACCUACACCAAGGCAGCCAUUUAUUUUGGAUCUGGAGAGACUUGGCCUUUGUCACGGGCCUCUUACCAAGAGGAUCAGAGUUAGAAUAUUUCCACAAGCAGUUCAUCUAUGUCUCAAUCUGCUUCACUCCACGAUGAAAAGCUAUGUGACCUACAACUUGCCCUCUGAUCAACAGAACCUGGCUUGGAUCUCUAAUAGAUACCAGCGUAUAUGGAAACUCACCCUGGUCUGCCUUCGCAGUAGAGAUGCAGAUUUCAUCUUGAGCAAACCCCAAAUUUGCUUCCAGCUAGUGAAAAUCAUCCAUGGCCUCUGUGACCAUGGCUUACAUAUGUCAUCGUCAAAAAUUGGGCUAGCAUACCUUUUCCGCCAGAUGUUAGCUGAGAUUCUAGCCCUAGACAACUUGAAUCUGUCUUCCGCUCUCCAGGUCAACCUGAGCAAUUGCAUUUACAGUUACAUCAAUGCCUUUGGCUGCACGGAAGAUUUCAUCCAACUGGCGAGGAGUACCAUUCCCCUCGUCAAACCAGGACUUCGCCCCUCUGAUUCUUUGGUUCCUUGUCUUCAGUUUGCUUAUGUCCGUCCACCCGUCAACAUCUGCAUUAGAAAUGUCCAAAAGUCAACUGGUAUCAUUCACCGGUUUACAAAUUACUGCCCGGCAACCAGCAGUGGUGGAGCUAUUAGCAUGGCUGGACAGCCCUGCUGCGCGGAAGCAAAACAAAUCACUCUAGCGCAAAAGCUAAUAGCCAAGUCUUUUGACUUACUCUGCUGCGAAAACACUGGAGACUUGAGAGAUCUAUCUACUGCUGUCCGUAAAACAUACUUUGGACUGGAGGAGCAAUCCAAACUCGAGUUUCUAGGGGUUCUAGACAGCAUUCCAUGUGCCAUAGCCGGAAGUUUGACUGGUCCCAUGGACGUGAGCUCGAAAGAUGUCUUUCUUUGCAGACUUUGUCACUAUGAAGAUGACGGGCUCAAUAUAGAGGCAGACUGGCGAUGCACUGAUACAAAUGAGUUGUACCAGAUCUUGGUCUACAUUAUACCUAAGCUUACACGCAAUGCAACCUUGAGGGUUGCUGCAAUUGUUGCGUUGAGAAAGGUAUUGAUGCAUGCCUCUAGCUCGUCUUAUAUGCAACUCAGAUCCUCUGUUUUCGGUGAAUUUUGUCUGCAGUCUCUCCGAAGCUCGGUCAGAGAGCUGCGUAUCAUUACAGGGCAUUCCAUUACUUCUUUUGUCCGUAGAAGUAUGGAUUGCGAGAUUAGAAGGAGCAACUUUGUUGUCAUUCUAGAUUGGUUACAGACCCUGUCCGACAAACAGGAGAUACCUUUACAUGAGACCUGCAUCAUAACUCUAUGUCGUCUGGCGAGGCUUUCAAGUGAUGAAGAAAUGAAUAUUAUACUUUUGCGUCUCGUAGAGUAUAUGGGCCACCCGAACCAGUUUGUAUGCGCAGUGGCUUAUACUGAGCUCAUGAGCCUUGCACAGCAUCUUUCUCUUACUCCAGCCGGCUUGUUUCGGCCCUUUUGGAGGACCUUAUCGUUGACAAUAGUUAAAAACUUUCAAUCACGUCCUUCUAUGGCGGAGCAGCUCUGCGACUUCUUGGGCAUGAAAGUAGAUGAUCUUCUUAGGCUGACUGAGAUCUUCGUGCUUCCAUAUUUAGUACUCACGCGAAAGCGAGAUAUCAUCACUAGAGUGGGAGCAACAUACAAAGAUAUCAAGACCCCUUUUGAUAUUUGCUCAGAGAAGAACAACCUCGCCUCAAUUCUCGCAUUCUUGCUAAGUCAACCCUCAUCUGAUCCAGAGGAAUUCAUAAUGUCGGCUUUGUCGGAGGUAGAUGCAGCCUUUAGAGGCCGUACCCUAGCGGAACUUCUAAGGAUUGAGCCAAUUCUGAUCGCUUGCGACCUGCUAAAGGGUCUUGGAGAUUUGGGUGAGGAGAAGGGGACACGAUUCCGUCGGGCACUUUAUCUUUUGGCUGUUCGAGUUCCACGAAAGUCUGGUCAUGCGCCAAGGCGCGCCAGCUCGAUAGGGCAUUUCAUUGAAGAGCAUGUUCUCGGUAUAAUAACUCAAUUUGCUCACGCAAUAAAUGAUUUCCAGGUCAGACAGCCCCUUGUUGAAAAGAAGAGAAACAUCGCAGCUAUUGGGGAAAUGAUUAAGGUUGCUCGCGGCCAUGUCAGCAGCGCUUUGCCACAGAUAUGUGCCUGCUUACGAUCCGCUCUUGAAGUUCAAGGCUUGUGUAAUAGUGCCUUCGCAGUCUGGGGGGUUUUAAUCAAUACUCUACAAGAAGAGGAAGUUGAACCUCUUCUUGAUCAGACACUGUCAAUUGUGAUUAGGUACUGGAACAUGUUUUCCGAGGACACUAGAAGUCAAGCCUGUGAGCUUAUUGAGUAUAUCAUGCAGUCUCAUCGUGAAUUAGUGCGUGAAAUCUUCCUCACUAUGCCUUCAUUGGCUUCGAUUCCGGCACUGUCAAAAUAUGAAGCCGAGUUGAACGAGUUGAAGGAGAAAAUGGAUGUUCGAAGCCAACUCCAAGCAUUCAUCCGUCGAUGUCAAAAUGAAAAUGCUACCGUUGUUGAGCAAGCUUUACGAGAACUACUUCCUUACCUCUCUAGGAAUGAGGAGUUUGUCCAUGGGUCUGUUCUCAGUGAACUUCCGGAUCCAGUUGUUUCACAGUUGGCACGGUCCUUACUCGACUGUUGUGUAAAGUUUAACACAAGCUCAGAAGUCAUAACAGUCUUGUUGGCUCGGUGCCUGGGCUUGAUCGGUUGCCUUGAUCCGAAUCGAGUGGAUACGGUCAAGGAAAAGAAAGAUAUCUUGGUUUUAUCAAAUUUCGACAACAUGCAGGAGACCUUUGACUUCAUACUUUUUUUCCUUCAGCAUGUCUUGGUCAACGCUUUCCUGUCGGCUUCAAACACCAGAGCUCAAGGGUUCCUCGCAUACGCUAUGCAACAUUUACUCGAGCUGUGUGAUUUAGAUUCAGCUGCCGCCAAUCGCUCUCACGACAUUGGAGCGGAUCGAAAAAGCCGACGUUGGCUAGAGCUGCCUGAAACUGUCCGCAAUAUCCUGACUCCCUUUCUCAGCUCAAAGUAUACAGUUACUAUUGGCACUAUUAACACUAAUUGCAGCUAUCCGCUGUUUUCAGCUGGGUUGACACACGGCAAUUGGCUGCGGAGUUUUGUUCAGGAUUUGCUGCACAGCGGGAACAAUGAUAAUGCAAGGCUUUUAUUCCAUGUUUGCAGUCGCAUUGUCAAAGGGCAGGAUAUAUCAAUAGCAUCUUUCCUAUUGCCAUUUGCAGUGCUUAACCGCACAGUAACUGGGACUGAGAAAGAGAAACAGGAUUUGCAAUGCGAGCUUAUAAAUGUUUUGUCUCACCCGCUUCCUGAUACAAAUAACUUUUUACAUGAAAACAUCAUUCUAUGCAGCCAGAGUGUCUUUGAAGUGUUGGAUUAUCUUUCCAGGUGGCUGCAAGGCAAGAAAAAACAAAUCAAUGGCAUCAAAAACCACAAUCAGCAGUCGCAUCGGGCUAACAAGCAAACCUCCCGUGAUGUACUACUAAAUACAUACACCUUACAAGUCAAGGCUUUAGAGGGACUAAUGGCUUCAAUACCCCCAGAGAUCAUCUCUAAAAGAGCUGUUGAGUGCAAGUCAUUUUCGCGAGCCUUGUUUCAUUGGGAGCAGUACAUUCGACAACAUAGAAGCCAAGCAAGCAAGCAAGAACGCACCCAUGUUGAAUCUCUUUAUCAUCGAUUGCAGGAUAUUUAUAGCCAAAUCGACGAGCCUGAUGGCAUUGAGGGCAUUUCAAGCCAUUUGCAUGUGCUUAAUAUCGAGCAACAGGUUCUUGAGCACCGAAAAGCUGGAAGAUGGGCUACGGCACAAAGUUGGUACGAGUUACAACUCGAAAAGGAACCCAAUAAUAGCGAAGCCCAAUGGAAUCUGCUUACGUGCCUCAAAGAAUCAGGGCAGCAAGAUGCGAUUCUCACGCGAUUCGAGAUCAUGAGGAACAAUAGCCCAAUUAGAAAAUUCCUUCCUUUCGUGGUUGAAGCGACAUGGAUCACCGGAAACUGGCGAAAGCUACAUGAGUACCUUCAGCUGUCUUCUCAUCAGGGGACAGAAGAUUUCAAUAUUAGGGUCGGGUUAGCUUUGGAUGCUUUCCGGCACGGUUGUGAUACAGAAUUUGAGGAGCACAUGAAUGCUUUACGUUUGAGUGUCGCCAAGUCCUUAACCACCAAUUCAGUAGCAUCAUUGCAGUCUUGCCAUGAUAGCAUUUUGAAGCUACAUGCUCUACAUGAGGUGGAAUCUGUAGCUCGAACCAGAUACGAGGACAGUGGGAAUGGCAGCUUACUCUCAGGACUAAAUGAUAUUCUGGAUCGGCGUUUAGCCAUCCUUGGGGGCUACAUAUCUGACAAGCAAUAUCUUCUAGGCCUUAGAAGGGCAAUGAUGGAACUGACGGGCAAAUUUGCUGAUUCAGAUAUAGCUGCUGCUUGGUUAACAAGUGCACGUCUCUCCCGAAAGGGUAAUUUUACGAAUCAGGCAUAUAGGUCAAUGCUUCAUGCAUCGAGUUUGAAAGACGGAUCGGCCACUAUCGAGCAUGCUAGGCUUCUUUGGAAAGAUGGCCAUCACCGAAAAGCAAUACAAACAUUAGAAGGUGCAAUUGCUGCUAAUAGGUAUUCUUCAGAUUCAUCCCCAAUCGAAAGGCAUGCAUCAGCCUCUCUGGCCGGAAAUCAUGAAAAGCAACAAAACCUGCUUCUUGCUAGGGCACAUUUGCUCUUGGCAAAAUGGACAGAUAGAGCUGGACAGACACAGUCCGACGUUAUUGUUCAAAGAUACAGGGAGGCCAUAAAACUCCAUUCUAGGUGGGAGAAAGCUCACUACUACCUGGGCAAGCACUACAACAAGAUCUUGGAUUCCGAAAAAUCGAAGCCGGCUUCGAAACUUGUUGUAGAUAAUUAUCUCCGCUCAUUGGCACAUGGGAAUAAAUAUGUCUUCCAGUCCUUGCCCAAAAUUUUGACACUUUGGUUGGAACAUGCCUCCACUAUUGGCCAGCCAAUUGACCCGAAGAAGGGAAACAAUGAAGAAUUCCAAAAGCACACCUUGAGUCAACGAAAGAAAAGUCUUGAUGAAAUGCAUUCCCAAUUGAAGAAAUACGUGAACAGGAUACCAGCACCACUACUCUUUACAAUCCUUCCUCAAGUGGUUGCUCGGAUCUGCCACCCGAACACAAUAGUGCACGAUCUCUUGACCAAGAUUGUUGCCAAGGCAGUCAAUUCUUUCCCUCAGCAAGGCCUCUGGACAGUUCUUGCUGUGGUUAAGUCUUCUUCAAAGGAUAGGGCCUCUAGAGGUAUCAACUGCCUCCAGAAAAUAAUAGAUUUCAACAAAAAAUUAAAGACUGAAACCCACAGUGAUAUGCGUGCCAUGAUAAACCAAGGACAAAGAUUUUCAGAGGAGAUGUUGAAGCUGUGUACUGCACGCAUUGAGGACAAAGUCGCAAGGGUUAAUCUACGGGCUUUGGGAUUCAACAGCAAAGUAGCACCUUGUCGGCUUGUGGUGCCUUUCCAGGCCAUGAUGACACCGAUCCUGCCAGCUAGCCAUGAGCCUGAGUAUUUGAAGGGCUUCCGGGCCUUUCCUAGAGACCCGACAACAAUCGAAGGCAUACUCGAUGAUGCACAGGUUUUAAACUCGCUCCAGAAACCCCGGAGGGUUGGCAUCCGAGGGUCAGAUGGAAGGGCUUAUAAUAUCCUAUGUAAACCCAAAGAUGACCUUCGCAAAGACCAACGCCUGAUGGAAUUCAAUAAUAUGAUCAAUAGGUUCUUCAAGAGGGACGUGGAAUCAAGCAAACGUCGAAUGUAUAUCAAGACAUAUGCCGUAACGCCACUGAACGAAGAAUGCGGCCUCAUCGAGUGGGUUGAUAAUCUCAGAACGUUGAGAGACCUUGUCAUCAAACUACUAAGGGAGAGAGGGAUCGCACCAAAUUACAAUGAGAUCAGACAUAAUCUCAAUGAAGCAUGCCAGGAUGUCGCAAAACUCUACCUAUUCACGACCAAAGUUCUGUCAAAGUUUCCACCAGUUCUAUAUGAGUGGUUUAUGGAAAUGUUUCCCGAGGCAGGCGCAUGGUUUGCAGCGAGGCUUCGUUUCACCCGAUCCUGUGCUGUCAUGUCAAUGGUUGGAUAUGUCCUAGGUUUAGGUGAUCGACACGGUGAAAAUAUCCUAUUUGAGGAAGGAACAGGGGGUAUAUUACAUGUCGAUUUCAAUUGCCUCUUUGACAUGGGUUUAACAUUUGAUAAACCUGAGUUGGUUCCUUUUCGUCUAACACAGAACAUGGUUGAUGCAUUUGGCGCCUACGGAUACAAUGGCCCAUUUCGCAAAACAUGUGAAGUCAGCCUCGGUCUACUUCGCCAUAACGAGGAUGCGCUCAUGACGAUCCUGGAGACGUUCUUACAUGACCCUACCACAGAGUUCAUUGGCAAAAAGCGUCGUACCCAUGCGGGCGUCCCAGACACACCUGCUGGCGUUUUAGAGAAUGUCCGGAACAAACUUCGCGGUCUUCUGCCCAGCGAAUCUGUUCCCCUUUCAGUGGACGGUCAUGUAGACGAAUUGAUUGUACGAGCAAGCGAUAAAAAAAACCUAGCCGCUAUGUACAUCGGGUGGUGCGCUUUUUUCUAA